UGAUAAUAUAGCAUAUUUCAUUCUAUCCGUAGUUUGUAAACAUAAUAUUAUAUUUUACCCGAGCUGGGCAAUAGUGUUAUGUGUAUGCUGUCAGUAUAAAAUUAUUAAGUUUUAAUAUUAAACGUCAAGUCGUUAUCACUGAGUAGUUACCGUCAUUGCAAAGGUUUUGUCUUUAAAAAGUGUCGAACUUUUUAUAAAACAAUAUGAUGGAAGUGGACGAUGAAGACUACGAAGCGCCAUCUUCCAGUACCAGCAGCGUUGGUGAAAAAAAGAGAUUUGAAGUGAAAAAAUGGAAUGCUGUGGCGCUUUGGGCUUGGGAUAUUGUUGUCGACAACUGUGCCAUUUGUCGUAAUCACAUCAUGGACUUGUGUAUCGAAUGUCAAGCCAAUCAAGCAUCAGCGACUAGCGAAGAGUGUACAGUGGCUUGGGGAGUGUGUAACCAUGCAUUCCACUUUCAUUGUAUAUCUCGUUGGCUGAAGACCCGACAAGUUUGUCCACUCGACAACAGGGAAUGGGAGUUUCAGAAGUACGGUCACUAAAAUUUUAAUUAUGCCAAAGCUAACCUACAUUUUUUUCUAUUAUAUACCUACAUACUUGAAAUCAUACUUUUAGUAGUACAAAAUGUUCAAUCUUAUUUAAAUGUAAAAUUAUCAGCAGUAAAAGUAAUAAAAAAACGUCCGCUUUUAAAUA